CUUAUCGACACUCGACUCAAGUGACCGCGGCUGUCAGAAGACGAUUUGACGCUUAUUGUUCUUACAUCUUGCUUCUAAUCGUGAACCAAUCCUUGCGACACCUAGGGUCCUUGUAACCUUGUCCAAACAGUUAAAUUUCGUGACAGCAGUGCCUCAAUCUGCGGAUUAUCCUUCGCCUUGAUUCUACAUCAUCAACACCUCCAAUAAGAGUUCGACCCUACCCGAGCCCCGCUUCUGCCUGUGCCCUGCGCUUUUGGCCAAACCAUCUGUCCGUGCAACCAUCGAGCUGCUCUACUGUUGUUGCCUGCAUUCAACUCUUCGACACCCUCCUGCAGUGCCUAGUCUGCCAACCUCAACAUCAUGGCAGGUCUCUUCAAGCGUCUCUACGACUGGCUGCUCAGCCUUUUCUGGGCGACUGAGAUGGAUGUUACAAUGAUCGGUCUUCAGAAUGCCGGCAAGACGUCUCUCUUGAGAGUCCUAGCAGGCGGAGAGUUUACGAUCGACUCAAUACCUACUGUCGGUUUCAACAUGAAGAGAGUUACCAAAGGCCAUGUGACUUUGAAGUGUUGGGAUCUUGGAGGCCAGCCAAGGUUCCGGUCAAUGUGGGAACGGUACUGUCGAGGCGUCAACGCUAUGGUGUUCAUCGUGGAUUCAGCAGACAAGGAAGCCUUGCCUGUGGCACGAGAGGAGCUGCACGUGCUGCUAGAGAAGCCUGCCUUGGAAGGUAUCCCCUUGUUGGUGUUGGGUAACAAGUCCGACCUUCCAGAUCACCUCUCAGUCGACGAGCUGAUCGAGGCAUUGAAUCUCAAAGCCGUAACGCACCGUGAGGUGAGUUGCUACGGCAUCAGCGCCAAGGAAGAAACCAACUUGGACGCUGUACUGCAAUGGUUGAUCGCCAGGGCGAGCAAAUGAUCUUUCAGUUGAGGUCAGAGCAUUCAUUGCAGUAUAGAGGCUGGCUUCCAGUCAUGAGGUUGAUGGGCAUUUGCAUAGGGCAUUGCAAGCGAUGGGGUUUAGAUGGUCUCUUUCCUGCGAACCAGCAAUGGCAGCGUAGCGUAACGGCGGGUGCACAUGGGUGUCUUCUUUGUUUCUUUUUUGACUUCCGGCGGUCUUGUUGCUUUCCAAGCGGGCUAAGGAUGGGAUUAUGGAUUCACGAAGAAUACGACAGUCAUCAGACGCAGUUUAACGAUUGAUGUGAACACGAAGAAAAGGGGAGAGAAAAGAGGCAGGAGAUGGCCAGGAAAACCUGCAGCUCUUCGAAUGUUUCAAACCC